GCAGGUUCUUCUUCAGUGCUCCUCUCUGCUGCAGCUCUCGCCAGGCUCUCUGUGUCCUCCAACAUGGCCUCCUACAGCUCCUCCGGUCAGACCGCCUCAUCGUACCGCCGCACCUUCGGUCAUGGCACCUACGCCUCACCAUCACUCAACCGAUCCCUGCUGGGCCACAGCGGCAGUGGCGGGGGUCAUGUCACCUCCAGGGUCUAUGAGGUGACCCGUACCAGCGCCACACCAGCUUACCGGGUCUCCUCAAGCUACUAUGGCAGGCCGGUGACAACCUCCCGGGCAUCCGUUGGGCGCUCUUAUGCUGGCAUGGGCGAGACGCUGGACUUUAGCCUGGCGGACGCCCUCAACCAGGAGUUUCUCACCACACGGACCAAUGAGAAGGCCGAGCUGCAGCACCUGAAUGAUCGUUUUGCCAGCUACAUUGAGAAGGUCCGCUUCUUGGAGCAGCAGAACCAGGCGCUAGUGGUGGAGGUGGAGCGCCUGCGAGGCCGUGAGCCCACGCGCAUUGCCGACCUGUACGAGGAGGAGAUGAGCGAGCUUAGGAGGCAGGUGGAGAUCCUGACCAAUCAGAGGUCACGCAUAGAGGUGGAGCGGGACAACCUGCUCGAUGACCUGGAUAAACUCAAAAUCAGACUCCAGGAGGAGAUUCUUCAAAAAGAAGAAGCAGAAAACAACCUGGCUGCUUUCAGAGCGGAUGUGGACGCUGCCACUCUGGCCCGUCUGGACCUGGAGAGACGCAUCGAGACGCUGCAGGAGGAAAUCGCUUUCUUGAAGAAGAUCCAUGAAGAGGAGAUCCGUGAGCUGCAGGCCCAGAUGCAGGAGACUCAAGUCCAGAUCCAGAUGGACAUGUCCAAGCCGGACCUGACGGCAGCACUACGAGACAUCAGGGCUCAGUAUGAGGGCAUUGCUGCCAAGAACAUCGCAGAGGCUGAGGAGUGGUACAAGUCCAAGGUGUCUGAUCUGAACCAGGCGGUAAGUAAGAACAACGAGGCUCUGAAGCAGGCCCGUCAGGAGACCAUGGAGUUCAGACACCAGAUCCAGGCCUACACCUGUGAGAUCGACUCCCUCAAAGGCACCAAUGAGUCUCUGAUGAGGCAGAUGCGGGACAUGGAAGACCGUCAUGGACGAGAGGCCGGCAACUACCAGGAUAGCAUUGCCCGCCUGGAGGCGGAGAUCGCCAACAUGAAGGACGAGAUGGCGCGCCACCUCCGUGAGUACCAGGACCUACUCAAUGUCAAGAUGGCGCUGGAUGUGGAGAUCGCCACCUACAGGAAGCUGCUGGAAGGAGAGGAGAGCAGGAUUGCCUUGCCUGUGCAAACCUACUCCACGCUGAGUUUCCGAGAGACCAGCCCUGAGCAGCAGCGCUCCUCUGAGAUGCAUUCAAAGAAGACUGUCCUCAUCAAGACCAUCGAGACUCGCGAUGGAGAGGUUGUCAGCGAGUCCACGCAGCACCAGCAAGACAUCAUGUAACAGCCUGCAGGACAUAAGAAGAGAAGAAGAAACAAAAAGCUCUCAUGUGUCCCUGCCUGAGACGGACACAUGAAAACAAUAAAGAAACAAGCAAAAGAAAUAAAACUAAGAAAUAAGACUUUACACACUCGUCUUUACGGCCUGCCCUGUGUUUGUUUGCAAGUUACUGAGAUGUGUGUAUUUAAAGCAGAAAUUCAUCAGGAUUUAUUUAUUUUUGGUUAAAUGUAGGUUAACAUGCAAAAACUGAAAAAAGGAAAAAUCUCAAUUUAAUCAGGAAAUUUCUGUGUUUACUGACCGUUUAAGACUUUAUAAUCUCUAAUAAAUGAGCAAAAAGAAUAUUAAGUAGAAUAGUAGUCGUCUAUCAGUUGUAGUCUGCAGCUCACUGAGUUGGUCAGAUGGAGAAUUUUGCAACACAUUCAGCUCUGAAGGGUAAAAUCACUUCAGAUGCCCAAUAAAUAACAGAUUCUGAUCCAUGGAGCCAAAUCAGAGCUGAAACUGAAAAACAAAAAGUAGAAAGUGAACGUUGAACUCCCUCCUCAUGAAUAUGGUUUUGAUUACAUUUUAAGGAAACAUUUUCUUUUCACUGAUACUCAUAUUUGAUCUUUUUUUCAGUUUCAGAUUAUAUGAUUGCAAAUUUCUUAAGAAACCUGUCACAUUGAAUUAUUUUAAGCUUCCUGCUCUUUGAGUUUCUGACCUUGAUCUGGUGUUUACUGAAAGGUGGAAAUGGAGGAAAUAGGAACUGAACUUUACUGUAUGUGUAGGAUUACAAAGCAGUCUGUGAAUGUGCUUAAUAGACAAUGGUUAUUGGAUGUGUGUAGCCCAAAUGAUGUUUAAUAGGCUGAAAGCAAGUAAAGAAUAAACAGUGGAGCACAAUUCUCCCCAAAGGGCAAGGGCUAUACUACCUAUUUGAUGAUUUAACUUUUCCGUUUUGUGGAAAGCUUUUCUUUGGCUGUCACUUCUUCACCCUGACCUGU